CAGACCUCCAGCAUGAGCUCAAGCUCAGACCCGGACUAUGCCGCCAUCUUCCAGUUCCACUAUGUGGUCGGGCCGGCUCUGUUUACAGCCGUUUAUAUCCUACUUUGCCUGUGGUUCGUGCGUCAGUCGGUCAAAAACACAACGUAUGUCUAUAUCGUCCUUACCAUCUUCUGUCUGCUGCGCGUCGCAGCCUUCAUUAUCCGCGCAAUCCUGGCAGCAACCUGGUCACUGCACGGAAAGCUUGGUAUCUUCAUUGCGGAUGAGAUUCUUUUCGGCGUUGGGUUCUUCGCCUUGCUGUAUUCAGCAUACACCCUAGUUUUGGACCGGGAAAUAAUGUCCUCCUCUCGGAGUCCCACAAGAGACUCAUUCCCACUCAUCAUGAGGCUGACUCGAGACCGACGCAUUUUCAGGGUGGCGUUGAUAGUGGGCAUCAUCCUCGGUGUCAACGGAACCAUUGACGCAGCGAGCAGCAAUCCCAGUAAAGCUCAUACUGGAGCGCAACUGCGGCGGGCGAGCACAAUCGUUUUCCUCGUGUUGACGAUCAUCCAAGCGCUUCAAACUGGCUUAGCCUUUGGAAGAAGCGCAGCAGAAGGACACUCACCUUCCGCCACGCCGCUCUACCCGAGCCCUCCAAUUCCAUUGGCUGGUCUUCACCCCCAGCGCCGUUUUGGUGACAUGUAUGGGAUGCAUAUCUUGAUUGUCAUCUCUUUCCUGUUGCUGGUCAGGGAGAUAUUCUUAAUCGCGACGAUUGGAGAUGCGCCGCGCCAGAAUAAGGAGGCAUUCUGGUUCCCGUUCGUCGCAUUGCCGGAGGUUCUGGCGGCGGGUUGUUAUUCCGUAUCGGGGCUUGUGCCACCGCGAGCAGAGUUACGGAUGCGCGAGCCAGUAGCCAUGCAGCGGAUCGUCGAAAUGGAUGUCUAG